ACUAGAGAAAAACGAAGCAAAAGAGCAAAAGAAGCAAAACGAAGAGCCAAAAAUCCCCAAAUCGGAAAUCGGGAGAAUGGCAGAGUCGUCGAGCAGCGGGCUGACGUUCAAGCUUCACCCUCUGGUGAUCGUGAACAUAUCGGAUCACUAUUCUAGGGUUAAGUCUCAGAUGCACCCGCCCAUCACCAACACAGCGACAACAACAACAACGCCACCAACCAACAAUGGCGCCGAAGGAGCAGUAGAAACAGCGCCUUCUUCUUCUUCGUCCUCUGCCUUGGCCUCGUCUCCGAGGGUCUUCGGCUGCGUUAUUGGGGUUCAGAGGGGCCGCACAGUCGAGAUCUUUAACAGCUUCGAGCUCCUUUAUGAUCCUGCAACUCACUCCCUCGACCGCGCCUUCCUCGAGAAGAAGCAAGAGCUCUAUAAGAAGGUGUUCCCGCACUUUUACAUACUGGGAUGGUACUCUACGGGUACUGAUGCUCAGGAAUCUGAUAUGAACAUCCACAAAGCUUUGAUGGAUAUCAAUGAAAGCCCUGUUUAUGUUCUCCUCAACCCUUUGAUCAACCCUGCCCAAAAGGAUCUCCCAAUCACUAUUUACGAAAGUGAGCUGCAUGUCAUCGAUGGGAUUCCACAGCUGAUUUUUGUCAGUUCAAGUUACACGAUUGAGACGGUAGAAGCUGAACGUAUCUCAGUGGAUCAUGUCGCUCAUCCUCUCUCUCUCUCUAACCUGGUCUGUGGAUUUUGUGCAGUGGCUGCUCAUCUUACAGGAAUUCACAGUGCCAUCAAGAUGCUAAAUAGCAGAAUUAGAGUGCUUCAUCACUAUCUUCUAGCUAUGCAGAAAGGUGAUAUACCUUGUGAGAAUUCUCUGCUAAGGCAAGUAUCAAGUCUUCUGAGGAGGUUGCCUGCCAUUGAAUCGGGGAAAUUUCAAGAUGAUUUCUUGAUGGAAUACAAUGACACAUUAUUGAUUACGUCUUUAGCUGUGCUUACCAACUGCUCAAGUACAAUGAACGAGCUAGUCGACAAGUUCAACACUGCAUAUGACAGGCAUACUCGAAGGGGUGGACGGACCACUUUUUUCUGAAAGCAUCUUUGCCAAUCUGGCAGUCUUUAGUUUCUUUGAGAACAUUUUGGGUGCUGCUAUUUUGUUUUUUGACUCUGCAUAGCACAUAGAAGCUUAGAAAUUAUUGCCAAGACCUAGACAAUUCAGAAAGAAAUAUAAAUCUCAUAGCUCUCUCUCUC